AUGGCAGACUUGAUACCGAAUAUUGGCGACAGCGAGAAAGAACAGGUUUCCCUGGCUCUCGGAACAUUAUCACGAGCACCCCUCUCUGUUCUUAGAGAGCUACGUGAGCAAAUCACGACGGUGACCAAAGAAAUUAACAGAAAGCUGACGGAAGCUGAUGGUUUACCCCACGCUCUACUUCUCAAGAGCGUGUCGAACUCAAGCGAGAAAAUCAGGGCAUUCGUUCAGAAACCUGAGACGGAAUUGCUAGAGAGGAAGUCGGCUGGAGAUCUACGCCUCACCGAUAUCAGACAGACGAGGACGGCGACAGAUAGUGACUUGUUUCUUGCAUUCUUAGGGGAACGGUCACUUGCACUGGAGAAAGAGAAAUGGGAACGCUGGGGACUCGGUUACUCCCGAGUAGAUUCGCUGGUUCGGAAUCUCGACGCCAGCACCGAUCGUAACGGUGUUGUCCGGCAGUUUAUGGAGUUUAAGGGGUGGUCCCCUGACAAUAAACCCCUUUAUCGAGCAAUACUGCGUGGGCAGAAGUACCUCGUGAAUGAGAGGUUGUUUCCUAAUUCCAGGGGGUCGAGCGCCAUAUACGCAUUUAAGGGGAGAGACUUCGACCGUCUUCACUUCAAAUCGCUCCCCUUGCUCUACAAUCAACUUUCGCUUCUGCACGGUGAUAUCCACUCUCUCGCACAAAACGUAUCCCAUAACGUUGAUGCAUGGCAGGAUUCCUAUGACAAGGGUGCGAACGUGAUAAUCCAGUGCUUUGCGGAUGGGCUCCGGCUCGGCCUGCCUCUUGAUCAUUCAGCAAUAGCACCUCUCCUCGGGGUAGGGCGGGAUGGCACCGACACCAGUGUUCGGCAAAUAGAGAUAUCGACAAUGGGCGAUGUGGACUGGUCGACUACACAAACUGAGGGGAACUGCACACAAACCCCAGGUCAAACGUCAUAUGUUCGCCAGACCGCUUCCUCCUCGUUGUCGGAUACAUACCCUGUUUCCCAGCAAAACCAAGACCGAGCCCAACAGAUACACGGCACCCGGAAUAUUCCAGCAGGGGGGGACCAUCUUCUCCCUUCGCAGAGAGGGACGACAGCCCGCUCCAGCAUCAAUGACAGCCGUAGAAGCACCACAGGGGCUCAGAGCUCGCCCUCGUCGCCAUUAGGCCGGUAUGAAUCUGAUCCCAGUGACUAUGACUAUAGGCCUCACUCCGAAGGUAACUCAGACGGUAGUGAGAUGACCUCCACCACUCCCCCUCAAACGAACCAGAGUACCGAUAAUUUCCGGGUGCUUGUGGAUGCUGCAGAAACCUACGCGAAACAGAUGAACAAGCGACCCUACCUGGCAGACAAUAGCAGCCAGUGCCGAGUAUCGCAGCGAAGAAGAUUAAGCGAGGAGAUAGGAGGUAAUGGACUCGCAGACUACGGUUCAGAGAUCACGCAGACCUGUCUAUAG